GUGACUAUAAUGAGAGAACAAAUAUGAAGGACUGUCCAACACGCUUCUAUUCGACCCCUUAUCCUAGGGAAAAUGUGAGGGUGCCAGAAAUUUUCGGUGGUUUGCGGGCAUUUGCUGGCGAGUUCAAGCACAUGGCUGCUAUCGGGUGGACUAGACCGGGUGGAAAAAUUGACUACCUUUGUGGCGGCAGUUUGAUCACCGAGCUGUUCAUACUCACUGCCGCACACUGCAACUCGGAUUCAGAAAAUAAUGCUCCUGAUACGGUACGAUUGGGAGAUACUGAUUUCGUUGGGUCAGCGAACGAUUCCUUAGCACAGCAGAUCGGUAUUCGACGAUUCACAGAGCACCCACAGCAUCGCGGAUCGCGUAGCUAUUUCGACAUCGCGCUGAUUGAGUUAAUGGAACCUGCAAAAUUCAAUCAAGCGGUAUGUCCAGCAUGCUUGUGGCGAGAACCCGACCUUCCCGGCGAGCGAAUGGAUGCCAUCGGAUUCGGUGUAACCGGUUUUGGAGAGGAGCUCAGUCCUACCUUACAACGCGCACAGCUGGAUAAGAUCGAUUUAAACAACUGCUAUGAGAGAAUAGGUCCCCGAAAAUCGAUUCCCGAUGGACUGCGAGACGAUCAGUUCUGUGCUGCUGGACAGAACAUGGAUGCUUGUGGGGGCGAUUCAGGGGGACCGAUAGGGGUGAAGCGUCUGGACGUAAGAGGUCGCAUAAUUUCAUUAAUUGCUGGAAUUGUUUCGUUCGGCACACCAUGCGGAGAAGGAUCAACGGGGGUGUACACACGAGUUGGCGCUUAUAUCGAUUGGCUGGAGCAAGAGACAAAUCGAUCGCUAAGCUAUGCAGUAUGCACACAAGGCUUCACAUGUUACGGACGAGACAAGGAGAAAAUUCCUCUUAACUUUGACCGUUACCCUAAUUAUCGUUUCGGAUUAAUAUGGAACGAAGAAGAUCAAUCGGUGUUUGAGUGUGGUGCCACAUUGAUCGACUACCAGUCUGCUGACAUCGGCCCAGUGUGUAACUUCACGGAAAGGACACCCAAAGUUCAUAGGAUUCAAAAGUGA